AUGUAUGAAGCGAACGUCGCAUCGGACUAUACGGUUAUCACACCGCCAAGACCAGAGUGUAUCUACACAAGUUGUUACUGUGAAGAGAAUGUCUGGAAAUUAUGUGAAUAUGUCAAGCUGAAGAAUAUUUGCCCCCUUGACGGGGUAUAUGCGGUCUUCAUUUCCAAUGAAAGAAGGAUGAUCCCUAUUUGGAAACAAAAAUCCAGUCAAGGGGGUGAGCGAGUGGUCUGGGAUUAUCACGUUAUCCUGCUGCACAAAGACAAAGGAGGACAAAGCUAUAUCUACGACCUAGAUACCAUCCUGCCAUUUCCCUGCCCUUUCGAUGUUUACUCAAGAGAAGCCUUCAAAUCAAACGAAUACCUGAAACCAAUGUACAGGAGGAAAUUACGAGUUAUUCCAGCAAACGUUUACCUUCAGCAUUUUGCUUCUGAUCGAUCUCACAUGAAGGAUCCUAGUGGGACAUGGCGCAUGCCUCCACCACCAUAUGCUUGUAUAGAAACCGCAGAGUCCAGUAUGAAUCUUGAUGACUUCAUUAGCAUGGAUGCCAAAAAGGGUUGGGGACAAGUUUAUGAUCUCCCUGAAUUUGUGCAACUCUUUGGAGGAAACCAGUGAUCCCAGCAGUGAGAAGAUGUCACUACAAAAAUAAAAGAAACACCAGGCAAUCUUGGAAACACAGAUUGAUGGAGCCAUGCUGCGAAAUGACUUGGAGCAUUUUUCUUUGUGAGACAACGAUCCAUUAGAUAUGUUUGAAUCAUGGCAUGGAUGGAAUGUUGGCUCAGAUUUUACCUUGUCACUGAUUAUAUAAUUCAGAGCAAUCAAAUCAUAUCA